AUGUCGAAACAAGCAGAGCAAGGUCAACAGAUCGACCUCGGAUCACUCUCAGUACAACAACUCGGCCAAGUCAAGAAGCAGCUCGAUGAGGAAACACAACACCUGACAAACUCAUACGCCCAACUGCGCGCCGCCCAGCAAAAGUUCAAAGACUGCAUCGCCUCCAUCGUCGCUGGUGUCGCAAACUCAGUCGCCGACAAGCCACUGCUGGUUCCCUUGACUUCAUCCCUCUACGUCCCCGGCACCCUAGCAAGCACCGAGACCGUUCUCGUAGACGUCGGAACAGGCUUCUACGUCGAAAAGACCACCGAGCAAGCAAAAGUCUUCUACGAGACAAAGGCGGAAGAGUUGGGAAAGAAUGUCAAGGAUCUCGAGACGAUUGUGCAGGGCAAGAAUCAGAACUUGAGAAUGAUUGAAGAAGUCAUGCGCCAAAAGGUUCUGGCGAACAACCAGGCCCAGGGAAGCGCCUAA